CCGGCGCCCAUGCAUCAUGCAUCACGCACACACAUCAGGAGCAAUCGAAAAAUAAUUGCUGUCUUCUAACUCGAGUACGCGGGCAGUGUUUGUGUUCAGUUCGUCUCUCUCCGAAUUAGCUCCGGCAAGGACAGCAGAGGUGUGUGAAGCUCAAGGUUAUUUGGCGGUACAUAACACAAUGGCAGGACAGCCGCAAACUCUCGAUGCCUUCAAGCAGGAGUUGUUCUCCGAGGCCGAGAAGCUUGUGCGAAUUACUUUUCCCGAGAAGGUGUUGGAGCUGGAUGCCCUGAUCAAGUCUGACUUGUUCAAGAUCGACAAUGCCGAGUUCUCCGUUGACAAGACCAUGGCGUCGUUCGGUGACCUACACGAGCACUCGAAGGCCACUGCCUCCCUAGAGCCGCCUGCAAAGAGACGCUGCCCCUCUAAUGACGGAAACUCACACUCUGGUGGAGCGGACACUCUCAUUCCAAGCAAUCAACUAAUUCUAGGAGUUAUUGAUCGACUGAAGCCAGAAAUUCACGAGCUCAUGACCAAGUGCAAUCAAGUGAAGAUGUGGAUUCAGCUGCUUAUUCCACGUGUCGAAGACGGAAACAACUUUGGCGUCUCUAUUCAGGAGGAUGCUGUUGGUGAAGUUGGUCGUAUUGAGGGAGAGGUUGUCACCUACCUGGACGCCAUUUCCAGAUAUUACCUGACCCGUGCCAAACUUGUGUCCAAGCUUCUCAAGUACCCGUCGGUGGAUGACUACCGUCGUUCAGUGGCUGAGGUUGACCAGAAGGAGUUCCUGACACUUCGACUGACCUGCUGUGAGAUGCGCAAUGCUUACUGUAUUCUGCACGACACGAUCACGAAGAACAUUGAGAAGAUCAAGAAGCCGCGCAGCAACAACCUGGACUCGCUCUACUAGGUACACGGCAGUGAUGACGAUGACGGGCAGUCCUAGCAUUGUCAGUCUCACCACACACCAAGAAAGAGAGAGAGACGGGGGAGAGAGACGGGGAAGUCCUGUCGCCGGUCUUGUGUCCGCUCGUCUACCGUUCAUGGCAGGGUGAGCAACUGGCUGGUCAGACGACAGCUCUGUCAGGCUCAUGCCCAGCUGUGCGUGCCUGGCAUCUCCGCACUGUGCAGUUUGCCAUGCUGCACCCUUCACUUGAGUGUACUUUUUGUGACCGGGCUGGUUCGUCCCCCCCCCCCCCCAUCCCACCCCGAACACGGGGCAAGUCAGCCCACCCCGACCUUCUACUCUCGGUCUCUCUUUUUACCCCAUCUUAGAGUGUCUAUGAGGUGUGGCUACUGUGGCCAGCAGUAGUAGAUUCGCGUGUUGUUUUCUGAGUUUGAGGAUAGGUGUUCAUGCCAGUUUCCUAUACAUAGUUAUUCUGCUUCUUGUUGUUGUUGUCCCGCUGUUCUGCGGUGCUGCAGCUGCUGCUUCUGUACAAAGAGUGUUUGGAGCAGGGAGUAGUAAAAUACAUAUUUUACUACUCCCUGGUUUGGAGAAAUGUGCACUCUCACCCGUUGACUGCGUGAAACCGUUCAGGAUUGGCCUUUCCCCCGUGUUUCCCCUUUGUUUUUAGUGCUAUGUUUGCGUGCGUGUGUGCAUGUGCAUGUGCAUGCAGUCUAUACUGGUUACCCCAGCAAGUGUAGGGUGUGCAUAGGUAACUGUCUUGGCCGUUUUAUGCCCAUGUACUCUGUGUGGUGUAGACCAGGUGUGCAUUGGUGGUCGAUUCACAUGGCUUCACUAGUUACGUGGAUUAGACAGUUAUCUGGCGCAAGUCUU